UAUAACUGUAUUCCGGUUUACUAUUUGUCAUAGUGUUAUGCUGAAAGUUUAUUUACAGAGAACCAGAAAAAGCACCAACAACAUUUGCAGAACUUUGGAAUUCGUACUGAAGGGUGCAAGACCAUUAACUAACCUCAAAUAUGUCAGACCAGUCAAGGAAUUCGUGGAUUAAACAAGAUAAUCCAAGGCUAGUGUCUGCUCGACAGAAAGACAUUUAUGAAGAUAUUUUGGAGGACAGAAGACAUUCAAGUGAUGUUGUUUGGUCAUUUAGGACGAGAGAAGAACCAAAAUAUAAGUACAACAAACCAAGAACACCCGAUGAGAUCAGAAAACAUGUUAUGCAUAGUGAUCGUGUUAAAUAUGCCGUUGAAAAGGUUUGUUCAGAAAGUGGAUUACCCAUUGAAGAGGUAUGGAAGCAGGCAGAAGAAGUUAUGCAGGAAAUGUCCCACAAUCUGAGCAUGGGAGCAAUUCGAGGAUUUGCAAUGUUUCUCGUCAAAGUUUUAAAAUCACUGUUCAAAAGAGUUUAUGUCAAUACAGAAGGAAUACAAAAGGUCAGAGAGAUGUUAGUAGAAUACCCAGUUCUAUUGAUGCCUACCCAUAGAAGUUAUUUUGACUUUCUUUUGAUGUCAUAUGUGUUCUAUUCCUACGAUCUUCCACUGCCUGUUAUUGCUGCUGCUAUGGAUUUCAUGGGUAUGAAAUUUUUUGGAUGGCUUUUGAGAAACAGUGGUGCAUUUUAUAUUCGGAGAAGUUUUGGAGAUGACAUGCUAUACUGGGCAGUAUUUACUGAAUAUGUCCAGUCACAGCUGGUCAAUGGAGAUCAUCCUAUAGAGUUCUAUGUUGAGGGAACCAGAAGCAGAACUUCAAAGUCAUAUGCUCCAAAAUUUGGAAUGUUAUCUGCGUCACUAGAACCCUAUUUUAAAGCCCACAUUCCAGAUAUCAUGGUUAUACCUAUAAGUAUUAGUUAUGACAAGAUUUUAGAAGAAGCUUUGUAUGCUUAUGAAAUAUUAGGUGUACCUAAGCCUAAAGAGUCCACAUCUGGUUUAUUCAAAGCUAGAAAUUUACUUUCUGAAGAUUUUGGAAAUGUACAUGUUCAUUUUGGUGAGCCUCUGUCAAUCAGAAAAUAUACAGAUGGAAAAGUGGAUAGGAGUGUUCAUAGUCUAGCACCGAGGUAUAUUGCUAGUCUUUCAGAUGAGGAAAAUAAACUUAUACAAAAUUUAGGGUAUAAAGUUCUGUUACUCCAUCAAGAACAUAUGGUUAUUUCCCCUUGGUCAUUAAUGGCUGCUGUCCUUGUACAGAAUAAAGAUGGUAUUAAAAUCAAACAGCUUGUCAAGGAAGUGGAAUGGAUUAAAAGGCAGGCUACUAAUCUGGGAGCUUAUAUUGACUGGCCAGGUAAUGAGUCAGCUGAUGCAGUCCUUAGAAGUACCUUAGCGUUACAUAAAAACAUUGCCGAAGUAGAUAGUGAAGACGUAGUCCAUCUUCUAGAGAUUCAGCAUCCAACCAGAGGCAGCCAAGAUGAACUGAUGCAAGCUGCCGCUCAACAUUUAAUAAUAACACUUUAUAAAAAUCAAUUAAUGCAUAUAUUUGUAAGAGUUUCUAUGGUUACGUUAUCUAUCAAUUCAUGUACAGAGGAAACGAUGUCUAUGAAUGAACUUUACAGUAAAUAUGAGUUUUUAGAACAUCUUCUAAACAGAGAUUUUAUCUUUAUGCCAGGCAGUACAAAACAAGAUUUUGAGAAUGCCAUGUUGACAUUAACACAUAACUGUGGAGUGGUGGUAGAAGAUGAUUUAUUACAAGUUAAAAAAUCUACAAAUAAAUAUACAACGUUCUUUAGUCAGAUGUUUGAACCAUUCUUACUGGGAUAUUGGAUUGCCUGCAAAUAUAUGUUGUCAAUGCACAAUGAUGCUCAUGGGAAACCGUUAGCCAAGCCUCCAAAGUCAAUCACCAAGGAAUCACAGAUCCUGGGGUCAAGGCUAUUGAGGGAGGGACAGAUCAGACAUCUGGAAGUUCUGUCCUUAGAUUUACUCAGUAAUGGAAUAAACUCCUUACAUCAAAUGGGUGCAGUCAGGAAAGAAAAAAGAGAUAACCAGACAUACAUGUUCCCUAACACAGUCAAACUUACAGCUGUUUGUUCAGAAAUAGAGAAAUAUAUAGAUGUUCCCCAUAUUCCAGAGGCCAUCAUCAAUGUGUCAUCAAAAACAGUCACUAUCAAUGCCAAGUUAUAAAUAUACAAAAACUGUCUUCUUUCUGUUGUCCAUUAUUAUCACCAUCAAUGCCAUAUUAUAAUCAGUAUACGUGGAUUGUCUGAACAGCUGCCAUUAGAAGAUAUUAAUAAC